AGUACUUUACUGGGGUUACUUCAAUCAACAUGGCUGACGUUAUCGAAGCUGGGAUCGCAAAAACAGGCGCGUACAAGUAUGAAGAUGGAACGCGGUAUGUUGGGGAGUGGAGCUCCAAGGGUCAAAAACAUGACAUGGGUCAUCUUGUAUUACCUGAUGGGACGAGAUUUGAUGGCGCCUUGGUUAGUGGUGUCUGCUCAGGUCUUGGUGUAAUGGCAUUUCCAGACGGGGCUAAAUAUGAGGGUGAGUUUAUGCAGGGUUGGUUUCAUGGUCAUGGCGUAUUCUGGCGAGCAGAUGGUAUGAAGUUUGAAGGAGAAUUCCGAGGAGGACGUGUUUGGGGUCUAGGUUUAGUUACAUUUAGCGAUGGGAGCAAUGGGUUCCCGAGAAACGAAGGUUACUUCCAGGACUGUAAGAUGGUGCGUCGUAAGCGUUGCCCAGAAGUUGUCCAGAGAGCCCAGAAGGUUGCUUACAUGGCUCGGGCUCAGUGUCAACAAAUGUAACUUAAUUACAAUAUAUGUAACUUUUAUGUGUCUGUUAUAUGAUAAUGUAUAACCAAGUAAUAAUAUAAUGAUAAUAAUACAGGAUAA